CGCUUGUGUCUUAUCACUCUUUCACACACAAAAACACACACUCUCUCUCUCAUCUCUCAUCUCUCUCAUCUCUCUCAUCUCUCUCAUCUCUCUCAUCUCUCUCAUCUCUCUCAUCUCUCAUGCUUUAACUUGGAUCCGUUUACUAUCAUGACUCGGUUUGUUCUUACGUGUGGUCUUCGGAGCACUCCACCCAUUAACUCACUCUCUCUCUAGGAAUCACUAGCCCUUGCAGCUUUCCUCAUGAGGGUACUUUAAACCCUCUCCAUUGUACCAAAACACACCAACACAACCUCUAAGCUCUCUCUUUCUCUCUUUCUAUCUCUCUCUCUUUCCUCUUUUCACACCAACAACAAAGGAUCUCACUCAGAAAUGCUCCUUCGUCCCUUCCACUUCUGUUCCAACCCCAUCAUCCCCACCCUACCCCUAUUCUCAUAGCUUCCCUAUUUCACACGCUCUUCCCUUUUCUUCUUUUUUUCCUUUUUUCUCAAACACACACACAAAUGGAGUUCGGAGGGAACAUCUUCUGCCUCUCCAACAGAGACCAAAAUGGGAAUACUAACGCCAACGCUUUCGCCUGGGAUUCAUGGCAAACAACCACUUCUAAUAAUAACAACACCACUUCCAGGUUCCUCAACGCUUUCAACGCCCCCGUCACUGCCCUCACCGCUCCGGAGGGCUCCGCCGCCAACCGCUCCGAGGCCGCCGGGCUCGCCAGCGCUCUCAUGUUCCUCCCUCAAAACGGCGGCGUUUUGCGACACCGCCAGCAGCAGCAGCAGCAGCAGCAACAUCCGUACGGAGGUGAUGGGUCCCACGUGCACCCCGACCCCCACCUCAUGUGCUUGAAGCUUGGGAAGAGGCAUUACUUUGAGGACGCUAGUGGAACUGGAACCGUCUCUUCUGCUGCUGCUGCUGCUGCUGCUGCUACUUUCGGCGGGGGGUUGGUGUUGGGCGAUAAGCGUGGGAAAGGAGGGUAUUCCGGUGGCGGGGCGGCGGUGAAAGCUGUCGGGUUGACUACGGCGACGGUGCCUAGGUGUCAGGUGGAAGGGUGCCAGGUGGCGCUGGUGAACGCCAAGGACUACCACCGGAGGCACAAGGUGUGUGAGAUGCACUCCAAGGCUCCCAAAGUUGUGGUCUUAGGGUUGGAGCAGAGGUUCUGUCAGCAGUGUAGCAGGUUUCACGUGGUGUCAGAGUUUGAUGAUUCAAAGAGAAGUUGCAGGAGGAGACUAGCAGGUCACAAUGAGAGAAGAAGAAAGAGCUCCCACGAUUCUGUUGCAAGGAAUUCUUCACAAGGAGGGUGUGCUCUCUCUCUUCUGUCAUCUAGAAGUGAUUCUUGGCUUUCUCCUUCUGAUCUGUCAACAAGAUGCAGUGCAGCAUUGCGUGAAUUGAUAGCAGAAAACCGUGCAGCCAUAAUGGCGAGACAAUUUGUAUCAGACAGAGAUUGGCAUAUUCAGCAUCAUGCAGUGGAAGACAUGAAGGAGAUCCAACCGGAGUCCAAUUACUUCCCACAACAGAUGUUUCCACAGACACAGUGAAGAACAACAACGUUCGGGAAACAACAACAAGAUUUCAGAGUGUGGACAUUUAUGCUGUUUCUGUCUCAACUAUUCAAUUCUUUAAUUUGCUACAAAUAAAAGUUAGAACUACCUAGCUAGACUAGUUUAUUUCUUAGGCUAAUAAAUCCUAAGCUUCUAUUUGCAUCUCUGUUUUGUUUUUAAGUGUUUGCAGGGCUGUUUUACAUUGAAAUCAAUCACCAAUGAUUGGGUUUACUAAAAUACUUUCAAUUACUAAUUUUCAUCCUAUAUUCA